AUGGCAUCCAACGUACUACCGCAAUUCAGGGCCCCCGCGAGAGCGUUUGUGGGCAUCGGGGGGUGCCAAGAGCGUCAGGAGGAGAGAGCGAGAGGAGAGCAGCCCCGCGGGUUUGGGCUCGUUUUUCAAGAGGUCGAGCGGGUAACGUGCAGCACACUGCUGCAAGUUUUGGCCGUUUUGGCCUUUUUACCGGCCCCACAAGAGCUGGCCGGGUACAUCCAGAGGAACUGGUUGUUCCUCUCCCGGCUGGAACCGUACAAUAUUAAUGCAGACGAAGCGGUCCGCCGGGCGCUGAGGGAGGAGGAUAGCCCCCUCAGUGUGGAAGCAAUCUGUCGGAUGAGGCACAUCCAGCUGCUCGUCCACCAUGGUGGUGUAGGUGGCGGCAGCUGGAAAUUCGGCGUUUCCGGCCCAAUACAUCAGGCAAUCUAUACGCCUGCCGGAUUCGUCGCAUUAAAGUGUCCUGGCUCUGUCCAGGUACUGGCAGAGCCAGAGGCACGCCCAUCCGGCAGAGGUACCCGGCCAGAAGCAGUCGAACAGCCGCAGACCAAACCCUACCCGCCCCCACCCCAACCCCAUUCCCCAGAACCGGCGCAGCGCACCUAUAACCUGCGCUACGCCACCGCACGAAGGCAGCCGAGGGAGAGACCAGAGCCGCAAGUGUUCCGGCCCGCAAAUAUCGAAGAUUUGCGACCGGAGCACGCAUCCGAGGUAACACCACCCACCACCAACGCAUACAUGAUUGUCGGUUACCCGGAUGCGCCAGGCCGUCCACAGGUUUCGCAACUGUGGCGGCUUGGAAAGUCCAUGUGCGCAGAGCUAAGUGCCAUCAAGAAACAAAUGAACAAAUCAAGCUGUAAAUCAUUACGAAACACUAACUCAAUUAUCAUUUCAGCGCUGUGCACAUGGUGCGGCUACCACGUGCAGGUUCCUCCCCACCUCUCCGAGCAACAGUUGAACAUCUUCAUGGACGCCCACCGGUCGGAGAGGUGUGUGCGCGCCCCCCGUAACAUCCAGAAGGCGCGUAGGCUCGACGCCGAACGUCUUUCGGAGCUGGGUCGCGAUAUUACCCAUAUCGCGGUCCCACUCCGCGAGGGCGCCGAGGCAACGGUGUCGUCUCGAAAACGGCACCAAUCCUCGGGGACGUCAGCUGGGGACUGCCGUGGACCUGGUCCGUCGAAACGUUACAGGGAGUAA